ACCAGUCUGCUUGCGAGUUGCAAUACGAGCACGCGUAUCCGUGCCGAACCCGCCGUGACCCGGUCUGAGAGUAGUAGAUCAAGUAGAGCAGGCAGCGAGAUGGCGUCGAUGACCUCCCGCCGCGCGGGCGCGCCCGUGCUCUUCUUCUUCCUGCUGCUCCUCGUCGCCUCAGAGAUGGGGACGACGCGGGUGGCGGAGGCGCGGCACUGCGUGUCGCAGAGCCACAAGUUCGUGGGCGCCUGCAUGAGGAAGAGCAACUGCGCGCACGUGUGCCAGACGGAGGGCUUCCCCUCCGGCGAGUGCAGGCACCACGGCGGCAUCCUGCGCAAGUGCUUCUGCACCAAGGCCUGCUAGCCGGCGAGGCGAGGCGACAGCAGGGUGCAGCAGCGCCCCGGAGUUAAGCAGUGCACCGCGCGCCGCAGCCAUGCGCUGGUGCAUUUGAUUUGCUGCAGCGUCCACGUACUCAGUCGUCGUAAUCACGGUCGCCGAAGUCGCGUCUUUAGUUUCCUUGUCGUGUACCGACUUAAAGUGUACGUUUCUCAUUUGUAGUGAGUUAUUUCGGUUAGCUGGAAUUAUUCUGUCGCCGGAAUAAUAAUAAAAGAACUUGUUGGCUUUGUGGCGUCAAAGAA